CAGUUCCCUGCAAGCCCCUUUCCUUGAUUGGAGGAGUUGGGGAAGAGGAGGAGGUCGGGGGGGUGCUCCCCACCCCCAAUAUCCUGGAGCUGGAGCCGCAAGGGGAACAGUAUCUAGGCAGCUGCCGAGACUUACAGGAGAAGAGUGAAGGUGAGGCCCAGUCCCCUCCACGGUCGCCAUGCCAUCUAAUGCCAGGGCUGGCAGCUUGAAGGACCCGGAGGUGGCUGAACUGUUCUUCAAGGAUGACCCUGAGAAGCUCUUUGUUGACCUGCGGGAGAUCGGCCAUGGCAGCUUUGGAGCAGUCUACUUUGCCCGAGACAUACGCAACAAUGAAGUGGUGGCGAUCAAGAAGAUGUCCUACAGUGGGAAGCAGUCCAACGAGAAAUGGCAGGACAUUAUUAAGGAGGUGAAGUUUCUGCAAAAGCUUCGACACCCGAACACUAUUGAGUACAAGGGCUGCUAUUUACGGGAACAUACAGCAUGGCUGGUGAUGGAAUACUGCCUAGGCUCAGCCUCAGACUUGCUAGAAGUGCACAAGAAGCCACUGCAGGAGGUGGAGAUCGCAGCCAUAACGCAUGGCGCCCUGCAAGGGCUGGCAUACCUGCAUUCGCACAACAUGAUCCACAGAGAUGUGAAGGCCGGGAAUAUCCUGCUGACUGAGCCCGGGCAAGUGAAGCUGGGGGACUUUGGAUCUGCCUCGAUCAUUGCUCCUGCGAACUCCUUUGUUGGCACCCCAUACUGGAUGGCUCCCGAGGUGAUCCUAGCCAUGGACGAAGGGCAAUACGACGGCAAAGUGGAUGUCUGGUCACUUGGCAUCACGUGUAUUGAACUUGCGGAGCGCAAACCACCUCUCUUUAACAUGAAUGCUAUGAGUGCCUUAUACCACAUUGCCCAGAAUGAUUCUCCACUGCUCCAGUCCAGUCACUGGUCUGAAUAUUUCCGGAACUUUGUGGAUUCGUGCCUGCAGAAGAUCCCCCAGGACCGCCCAACCUCUGAUGUGCUGCUCAAGCAUCGCUUCCUCUUGAGGGAACGGCCCCAGACAGUUAUCAUGGACCUGAUCCAGCGAACUAAGGAUGCUGUGAGGGAGCUGGACAACCUGCAGUACCGCAAGAUGAAGAAGAUUCUCUUCCAGGAGGCACAGAAUGGCCCAAACGCAGAGGCACCAGAAGAAGAGGAAGAGGUGGAGCAGUUUCUCCAUCGGACUGGUACCAUCAACAGCAUGGAAAGCAGCCAUUCCGUUCCCAGCAUGUCCAUCAGCGCCAGCAGCCAGAGCAGUAGUGUCAACAGCCUGGCCGAUGCCUCGGAUGACGACGACGGGGCUGAGAUCGCCAUGAUGCAGGAAGGCGAGCACACGGUCACCUCCAACAGCUCUGUCAUCCAUCGUCUCCCGGGCCACGACAACCUGUACGAUGACCCUUACCAGCCCGAGAUGGAGCCCCAGAGCUCGUCAUCAGCUGCCCGACGCCGUGCCUACUGCCGCAACCGAGACCAUUUUGCCACUAUUCGUACUGCUUCCCUGGUGACUCGCCAGAUCCAGGAGCAUGAGCAAGAUUCAGCGCUGCGGGACCAGAUGAGUGGCUACAAGCGGAUGCGGCGCCAGCACCAGAAGCAGCUGCUGGCACUGGAGAACAAACUCCGGGCAGAGCUGGACGAACACCAGCUGCGGCUUGACAAGGAGCUCGAGGCCCAUCGCAGCAACUUCUCCGCUGAGGCUGAGAAACUGGCCAAGAAACACCAGGCCAUUUUCGAGAAGGAGGCAAAGGCAGCCCUGGCUGAGGAGAAGAAAUUUCAACAGCAUAUCUUGGGCCAGCAGAAGAAGGAAUUGGGCAAUUUGCUGGAAUCCCAGAAGCGCCAGUAUAAACUGCGCAAGGAACAGCUCAAAGAGGAGCUGCAGGAGAACCAGAGCACACCCAAGCGGGAGAAGCAGGAAUGGCUGCUGAGACAGAAAGAGAACAUGCAGCACUACCAGGCCGAGGAAGAGGCCAACCUCUUGCGCCGCCAGCGGCAGUACUUUGAGCUGCAGUGUCGCCAGUACAAACGCAAGAUGCUCCUGGCGCGCCACAACCUGGACCAGGACCUGCUGCGGGAGGAGCUGAACAAAAAGCAGACACAGAAGGAUCUUGAGUGUGCCAUGCUGCUGCGUCAGCACGAGUCCACCCAAGAGCUGGAAUUCCGGCACCUGCACACCGUCCAGCGCACCCGCACGGAGCUCACCCGCCUGCAGCACCAGACGGAGCUCUCGAACCAGCUGGAGUACAACAAGCGCCGCGAGCAGGAACUGCGCCAGAAACACGCCAUGGAGGUCCGGCAGCAGCCCAAGAGCCUCAAAGUAGGUGUUCCCUACGUCGGGCCCCCUUGCUGCCAGUGGUGCCCCGAAGGGCAGGAUGCGGGGGUUCUGGAGCCAGGGCAGGGCCCCCCAGGGGCUGUAGAAGUGGACAGAGCUGAGGCUGGAGGUCUAGAGUCUGGGCAGGAGUGCAUGGGUGGGCCCAGCCUCUGCGACUGCGCAACGGGGGGUCGGCAACGUCUUGCAGAUGUGGAGUCGGAAAGUGUGUGCCCUGGGCCUCUAGACCCAGAAGGACAGGAGUCUGCUGUUCUGGAACUGGGCAUCCCCUGUCACGAUCUUGGUCGACGCAAGCCUAUCGGAGAGGUUCUGGAGUUGCUUCGGGGUGACGUUGAUGUUCUAGACUCGGGAAUAAAAUGCCCUGUCUGUACGCAUGACAUUGAGAUUCAAGAUGCAGAGCUAGACUAUUACGGAGAGGAGGAGGAGGAGGAGGAGGAGGAGGAGGAGGAGGAUCUAGAGCUGGAAGCGGAGUAUGAUGAGGUGCUUUUCCAAGACUGGUUGCAAAAGGGAGGCUUAAGCCAGGGUGAGCAGGGCAUGGAGGCUUUUGUGUCUGAAUCCAGGUUUUCUAACAGUGCAGCGUCAGACUGGCGCUUGGCAGGUUUAAUUCCAGAUGGGCAGGAAGCUCUUGAAGUCCAGGGUCCCGAUGGUGAAGGAGGCCAGGGUCUAGAUUUCAGUGGCUCAAGACAGCAAGCGCUCUAUGGAGAGGAAGCUGUGGAGCUAGAAUUGAGCCUGUGCUCCAAGGAACUUCGGGACCCCUAUGGAGAGGGAUCUGGGGUUCUGUCUCCGACCCGGGCGCGUGCAGAUGUGUCGAAGCCGGACGGGCAAGAGGCUGAUAAGCUAGAGCCAUUCCGAUAUGAGGAUCACUUAUAUCCUCAUUCUUUGCCCCCUAUCAUAGAGGAGGGGGCUUUGCGAGACCCAGGUGAUGGCUGCCCAGUCCCUGAAGACCCCUACAGCCAACAGCCCAGCAAUAAGUCCCGCUCUGUCCCGCCUCCGAUGGCAGCCAUUUUACCUCACGCUCUCUGCGUGGCCUUAGCACUGCUGGUCUCUGCCUAUCCUUGCGCCCCGACUCUCCUGCUGCUCUUGGCUGCUCUGUGGGCCCAAGGUGGAGGGUUUCAGGAUAUCCUCCUGGCCCUCGAGGGAGCCCUGGUGGGUCUGGGGGUCACAUACACCCUGCUGCACUCUGUCUUCCUCCUCUCUGGAGCCUCUUUCCUGCUUCUGGCCAAGAUGGUGGGGGUGGUGGGGGUGGUGGGGCUGAGCGCCAGUAGGGGGCGCCUUUAUGUCCCCGUCAUCCUCCUGGCCUCCUACCUGUUAGCUUCCCCCUGGCUUUUCCUGCCCCUCUACCUCUUGGGGGCCAUAGCAAGGCACAGCGUGAGGGGACUCCCUCGCCGUGCCCGACGUUUUUGGCUCCUGGCCCUUCUGCGUCUUCCGCGGCCAGCUUUCCGCAUCCUUCAGCGCCUGGGGCUGGUCAGUGAGCGGGGGCUCUUCCGGCUCUUCCCCAAAACAAACAAAGGGGGCUUCCGCAGCCGCAUCCCUGUCCUGUCCCGCCAGCACCAGCCCCCGCUCCCCUGGCACCGUAAGGCCGCCGCCCUGCUCGCCAAGCCCAUCUGCAGCCUCAACAGGGUCCUCGCUGAGGUGAUCUGUGCUCAGCUGCCUCCAAGAGCCCUUCGCUGUCUCAAGGGGCUGCAUGUCUUGCGGGAGGAGAGGCACAGCCGCAUUCCCCGCCUGCUGGAGCGAGCAGCCAGGUCGAGAGGCCAUUCCAUGGGGUUGGUAAGGCGGGUUAGCAGAAGAAGCCGUGGGCAGGCGACCCAGCCUGUCCGGAGACCCUGGAGAUGAGCCGCCCUGUGUUUCCUCAGAGGGGCUGACGUGAUCUUGCUCGCCACAACCUCUUCUGACAUGGUGAAAUAGACUUUGUUUUGGCAGUUCCAGUGGGAACUCUGGCAUCCUGGUCCUACUCUGAAAACCGUUUUCCGCCAACUAAUAUGUGAUAUUGGGGCAACAGAGGGACAAAAGUUGGUGUCUUAAUAAAAGCGAGCGCUGAGCUUCCAUCUGGGGCAGGGCCUGCAUGAGACAAAGGGGUUUGGGGGCAGGGAGAUGACAAGAAUUUGUGCCAGCUCCCUGUCUGUUUACAUAUUGGGGCCAGGGUGGGGCGUUGUUGUGUGUUCAUUAUCCUAACGAGGAAAGAAUCACCUGACGCCCUUCUGAGCUGGCGGAUUGGGUGGGAUGGACUGCUUUGUGUGCCCAAACUAAUUCUCCUGGCUGGGGGAAAGUGGGAGAUGCUGGGAGAUGGCUGGAGCCGCUGGGAUCCUAACCCCUUAAACCCGGAACAGGGGGAGAUGCAUGUGCAUUAGCAUGCUUGUAGGUUUUAAGUUGACCAGCCCAAGUCCAUGGGCCCCAAUGAAAAGAGUGGUGUGUGGUCAGGGGCCUCGGGGUUACAAGGCAUUCUGCUCCCACAUGCACUUGUUCAGUGAGCCCCCCCUUAAAAAAAAAAGAAUCCAGCUGUUCUUUCUGUCUUAACUUGUACUCUGGACCAUGGAGUGUGUGGUGUCCUCCAAAGGAGAUGUGUUCUGUCUUUCUCAGCAUAGCAAGUCCCAGAAAAGCUAGAGGGCAUUAGGGUUUAAUGUACAGUCAUCACCAGACCAUAUGGGGCUUUCCAUUCAUUGCCAUCUCUUUAAAACAUUCAGUACCUAAAUCCUGUUUAAAUACAUGCAUUGUGUCACUGCCCCUGCCUGCCCACCCUUCACAACUACUGAACCUCACUUCAAUUGAUAUGGAAGUUUAUGAAGCGAAGGGGUGUACAUGUUUCAAGAAAUCAGACUCUUCCCAGCUCCUGAGGGUUUAACUAAUUUUAGGUGAUUCUUUCGCCGUUUAUAUAUAUAUAUAUUUCUACCAUUUUAUAAAUAUAUAUAUUUAUCAUUUCCCACUCUAUUUGUAACAUCCCCUUCACUUCAUUUUUUAAUUUUUUUUAAUUAUUUUUUAUUUUGGUUUUGACUUGAAUGUAUUUAUUUCAGGCUGACUUUUAAGUAUGUGUUUGUGUAUGUUUGUGAUUUGAGGGGUAAGUUUUAUAUAAAACAGUUUUUUGUGGGGAGGGAGAAGGGGAGCUAAUGUGAAAUUUAAAAAAAAAACUGAAAAAGGGAGAAAUACACAAAAGAGAUACAGCUUACUGUUACUAGGGUGUUCUUGCUUUUCCCACUUAAGCACAGUGGGCCCACUAGUUGCCCACUCCACAAUGUGACUGAAAAUGAGAGCGAUCCAAGUACCACAGGCUGAGAUGCUGAAAUGAUGGCUAGACUUUUAACUGGUUUGCUUCUUAUAGACCAGAGGUCUCAAACUCUGGUCCUCCAAAGACCAUGGGAGUUAUCAGCCAACAUCUGCAGGAGGGCCACAGUCUAAAACCCCGCAUGUAGCUGGUUACCAUGUUAAUGAAAGAGGAAAAAAGGUUAUAAACUAAGAUGCCUUCCUAGUCUAAUCUCUCUGCAGGGAUGGGCAUGUGCUGAGGUGGGCAAACUUGGCCCUCCAGCUCCCAUCAUCCUCGGCCACAGUGGCCAAUAGUGAGGGAUGAUGGGAGUUGUAGUUCAGCAGCUGGGGGGGGGCAGGUUUGCCCUCCCCUGGCACAUGUAGACUUUUAGCUCUCUAGGGAAGUUGGUUGUCCAUCCAACAUUCCUCCAAGCAGAGAGGCAGCAGAGUUUUCCAGACUGUAGACUAACCUUAUUUUAUAUAGAAGGAAGUCAGAAUUUAGACCUCUGUUCUACACAGCUUUGCAAUGCAAAAGAACAGUUCUAGGCAGUGCAGUGCCCUGAGCCCUCUCCUUCCCAGGAGCCCAGCUGCGCCCGCCACAAUCUCCUCCCCUCCCCAGAACCUGGAUGCCCCCCCCCUUGACUCCCAAGUGAUAACUUCCUCCUCUCUCUUUCCCGUCCACUUUACCUUGCAGCCACUGCCUAGGUUCUGCAUUUGGCCCAGGAAUCCAUUUGGUUGGGUUUACAAUGGCAAUUCCAGGGCCUACAUCCCUAGCCACCUGCGACUUGCGCUGAAAUGGCAGCUGCAAGAUCGCGGCAAGCAAUUUGCUGCUCGGUGGCCAUCUCACCCCUGGGUCAGGUGCCCACCCCUCGAAUGAGAGGGAAAGCGCUCACGUUCCCCCAUGACCAUGAUCAGCCCGGCUAACAAAAUGUUUGCCUGUGUUACCUUCCUAACCAGGUAAGCACCAGAACACUACGGGAUUUCAAUGUGCAUAUAUCUCUGCUGCUAGCUUUUGUACAGUUGUAGAUAAUUUCAGUUUUUUCCCUGUCUUGCUUGUGACCAAGUCAAAUUGGCACUCAAGAAAAAGCCAACUUCUUCUUUUUUGCCAAAAUUGGAUAAGGUUUGAAUAUUGCCCCUUUUGGCUUUCUGAGAGUAAAGCCCAUUUGUUUUAGUGGCCCUCAUUCCAAGCAGGUGGGCACAGACAUUUCUAGGACAUUUCAUAUUCCACCCCCACUAACUCAAGAUGAUGUAAACGCCUUGGUGGGCAUGCUUACAUUUCUGGUCUAUUGGCUUAUUUUUAAAUAGUUCCUAUUUGGUAUUUGCAUUUCUAGAUAUUUUUUGUAGCUUUUAAUAAUCUGAUCGUGUUCCCACAUCUGUUUUUUUAACUGAUCUGAGGUUAUCCUUCAGCUCACAAAGUACUUGUUUGCUGUGUUUCUGGUUCCAUUUGUGCAUUAUGCACCUGCAUUUCUCCCUUUUUUGGUUCAUCUGUGGUCUCUUUAUUCCAGUUUUGCUUUAUCCAUUGGUUUAUUUUUUAGCAUUCCUCUAACUUUUUAAAGCCAAAUUUCUUUUCAUUAAUUCUGAAACCUUUGUUUUGUCCAUUUUAAUUACUGUACUUGUAUCCCCCUCUUUUUUGUUUGAACUGUGAUUUUUUCCUACCCUUGUUUUUUCCUCAUUCCUCUCUUAAAUAUUUUUAAUUUAUUUCUCCAGUAUUAUGUGGGGAAGUGUUCAUUUGUGGUUUUAUUUAUUUCUCCCUUCCCUGUUGUGGAUGCAUGUAAAAUUUUGAAGAAGAAAAACAGUUAAUAAAAAAAACCUGUGCACCACAA